AUGAAUCGGCUCCAAGCGGUGCCUGGAUCGAGACACAUCCCGCCACACACCCCAUUCUUUCACGGAGACCUGCGCACCUGCGCCUUUGUUUUCAGGAGGGUCGAUACCGUUAAGAAGACGCUGCAGCCGCCCUACACCGGCCCUCACAAGGUCUUGCGUCGCAUCAACGAGCAGACCUACGUCAUUGAGAUCGACGGGGCACCCAAAACAAUCUCAACAUCCUCUCUUAAGCCCGCCUAUUUGGAAUUGGCUAAUCAGCAGCCUAGCCGUCCACCUACGCAGCCAGCACCGGCGCCGCCACCGACUACGCCACCCUCUCCUGCGCCCUCGCUUCCAACGCCGACAACGCUAACGCCAUCCGCUCCUGGGCCACCUGCUCUUGCACCACCUGUGCCCACGGCGUCACCUGCGCCGCAUUCAACAGCGACGUCCGCGGAGGACCUGGCCGCGCCCUCGCCAGCUCGUCCGCCCCAGGAUCCUUCCCUCAACAGGCACCAGCGGGGCAAAGCAGUCUCGUUCCGAACGCAACCAGCCUUCGUCACUGGUGGGGGAGUGGCUGUGGGGGUUCCAACAUCGCACCACCACCGCAGCCGUCGUAAGCAGACGUUGGUCCCCAGGCAGGACUUCUCCUAG